AUAUUUGCUGCAGCCAAUCGGCUAGAGUCGCCGUGAGUUGCUGGCGGGCGUUUUUUUUUCUUUCUUUUUUUAACUCCAUUUGUAGCGUACGCUGUUGUGUUUCCCGGAGUGUCCGGGCCGAGCAUCAUGACGUCCGCUUUGGAGAAUUACAUCAAUCGAACUGUCGCUGUUAUUACUUCUGACGGGAGAAUGAUUGUGGGAACACUAAAAGGUUUUGACCAGACCAUUAAUUUGAUUUUGGAUGAGAGCCAUGAGCGAGUUUUCAGCUCUUCACAGGGAGUAGAACAAGUGGUACUAGGGUUAUACAUCGUAAGAGGAGACAAUGUUGCAGUCAUUGGAGAAAUUGAUGAAGAAACAGAUUCUGCACUUGAUUUGGGAAAUAUUCGAGCAGAACCUCUAAAUUCAGUAGCGCACUGAGGAAGAUUUGCAUGCAUUGGACAUCUGUAAAUCUUUGUACAGAGACUGAUUAUUCUGAGGAUGAUGUGUGGAAUUUUAAUGAAUGUGUAAUUGUGCAGUUUUGACUCCAUAUUGAUUCAUUGUAAUAUGGUAUGUAAAUUAAAAUAUUUUUACACUCUUGAAUAAACAAUUUUUGCCUAAAUUA